UGCUGCUGUUGCUGCUGCUGUUGCUGCUGGUGGUGGUGCUGCGAGUGUUGGUGGUGGUUGGUGGUUCCUUUGCGUUGGUGUUGGUGCAGCCCCCGAAGCGCAGCCGAAGCCGACGCCGACGCCAGCAACAACGACGACGACGACGACGCGACGUCGGGAAAAUCUCUUUGGCUUUGCUGUGAAAAUUUGUUCAUACGUUUUCGUGUUAUUUGUUAUUCGCACGUUGACGCGACGAGACGGUGAAGGCGCGACGACGACGUCGUAGAAUCCGAGAGAACAGAACACACGAGCGAAGCGAAGUUGCAACACCACGCACACACACACACAAGCACACACACACACGUACACACCCAAUGAUCGCGCGUGCAACAUCCUAAAGAAAAAACGCUCUCGACAACGGAUACCCAUUAGAAACCCCAGCAAAUCCCAUGUAAAAAUCCCAAUGAAAAUCAAGUGAAAAAAGUGUUUUUUGCCCAAACAAAAGUGUCUUACAAAAUAAGCGGAAAUCCACACAAAAAUCUAACGCAUAAAGUUGAUGCGCUAUUAUGAUAUUUAUAUCAAUUAUAAAAUAAAAUGAAAUGAAAUGAAAAGCAGCAACGGACACACAGUCACAGAGUAUAGUCCAGAGAGGAAUCCGGUAAUCACUGCGUAAUACAACCCGUUAAACACGCAAACAACACGCAACAACAGAGGGAAGGAAAAGCUAAAACAACAAGAGAAAAAAGUGUGAUAUUUUUGAGAUAUAUUUUAGCAAUUUAGAGAGAAUUAUUCGAAUUGUUGUUAAAUGUGCGCGAACGUCGUAGACAGCCAGAGGGCCAACGUUGCGGCCAGUUGCAGAGUUCCACCAUUUGGAUAAUGCUUGGAUAAUCAUCAGCAAAUCAUCAUCAGAAUAAAAGCAAAAAGAGACUAUGCCCCCGAAGUGCCCAAGGAGUAUCCAGCCCCAAGUCUAACUCCCGUCUCGAGUCGAAACGAUCUCGUCAGUGCGCCCGCAAGAACCUUCGUCCGCUCCAGCUUUACGAGCAGCGUCUCGUGUGCCGCCCCGUUUUGUGGCAGCAGCCGCAACAGCCGCAGCAGCAGCCAACGCCGACGACGAGUCCACAAAAAGUUGACCUCAUGACGAUGGCAGAAGGCACCGACCCCAUGGGGCAUCAUCAUCACGCCGCCGGCACGCACAAUCCACACUACCAUGCCCCACAUCCCCAUCACCAUCCACACCAGCCGCACCACCAUCCACCGGCGCCGCCACCACCGCACCACCAGCAGCACCAAUACCAUCCCCAUGUGUAUCCGCCGCCCCCAGUGGCGGCAGCAGCGGCCCACUCCCACUAUGCGGCACAGCUGCAGCAGGGCUAUCCGCAUCAGCACGGGGGCAUGGGCAUGCCGCUGGCCCUGAGUCUGCACCAGCAGGCGGCGGCUGCAGCAGCGGCUGCGGCAGCGGCUGUGGCCAGUGCCGAGCAGCAGAACAACAACAACAAUCAGCCGUGCGUCGCCAACAACAACAUUGCGGCCAUCUCGUGGAAGCAGCGCAAGAGGAAGCGCCUCUCGGCGGUGCUCGAUCAGCUGCACCACAACCACAACGACACCAUCGAGCGGAGCAGCAGUCGCAGUCCCCAGUCGCAGAGUCCCUCGCCACAGCCGCCGCAGAGCAAUGGCCUGGCCGCCUGCAAGACGGAGCCCAUGGAGGAGGAUGAGGCGGCCGAACAGGAGGAGUCGCAGGAGGAUGAGGAUGGGCAGGAGGAUGACUCCAUGGAGCAGCAGGAGCCGGAGCCGGAGCAGGAGCAGGAGCAUGAGGAGGAGGCCAAGUACAUCAAAAGCGAGCACACAGCCAGCGAUGGGGAGGAGGAAGAGGCUUCCGCGGAGGACAUCUCUGGCGAGGAUCUGGAGCUGUCGCACAGCGAUGACAACGAUGGCAACGACAGUCCACGCAUCAGCAUGAGUCCGUUGCAACUGCAGGCUGCCGCUGGUGCUACUCCGGCGUCUGGUGUGGCGCCACAGCAGGUCCCCAAGGAGAAUCCACUGCAUGUGGAAAUCAAGACUGAGAUACCCAAUCCGUAUGAUCGCUACUUUCCCAUCCACUCGCCGCUGUUUGGCUACUAUCUGCACACCAAGUACUUGAACGAGGUGUUUCGGCGUCGCCACGAUCUCUACCCCUCCCCGCUGCAGCACACACCCUCGUCCAUUGCCUCCGAGACGGAGACAUCGCCCACAGCAGCAGGAGGAGCAGUCAUCGAUCGCAAGGCAUUCGGAUCGAUGCCAAGUGCCAGCCAAAUGCUGCCACACACUCUGCUGGCCAAUGCCUCGCCGCCGCCAUCGUUGCCGUCGCCACCGCGCAGCGAGUCAUCGGUGCCCACGGGUGGGGCAAGCACCGCCAGCACCAGCACCAGCACCACCACAACAAAGACGACGCGCAGCCCCAAGCCGCCGUCCGAGAAGAAGAAGCGGGGGGACAAGAAGAAGCCAAUGCCGCCGCCACAGGAGCGGCCGCUCGAUCUGUGCGUUCGCCAGGAAACGGAGAUCAAGAAGUACAAAUCAUCCUCCGCCUCCGCCUCCGUAUCCUCCUCUGCUGGCGGUGGCGCCUCCUCGCCGCCGAGUGCUACGAUGAUGCCACCACCGGCGGCAUCCUCGGCCGCUUCGAUGAGUGCCGCGAGCAGCUUGGAGAGCAUGAACGCCCUGUCGCCCGCCUCCAGCAGCCAUUCGGGCCACACGCCCACCUCCACCUCCGCCAGCCAUGCCGCCCCGCCAUCAGCGAGUCAGCAGCAAAUGUCGCCGUAUGCCAGCGCCAUGUCAGCGGCCCAUGCAGCGGCGGCAGCGGCAGCAGCGGCCAUGAUCAAAAUGGAGAUGCAUCCACAUCCGCAUCAGCACUCCCACUCGCUCCACCCGCACCACAUGCACCACCACCAGCAGCAUCCGCACUCCCACUCGCACCACUCCUCGACCGUGGGUGUGCCCGUGAUCAAGGGGGAUGUGGCAUCGCCCACCACCAAGGAGACUGUCGCCUGGCGCUACAAUCUGGAUGUGUCGCCCGUGGUGGAGGAGAUGCCGCCCGGCUCGGAUGUGGCAUAUGUGUGCCCCACCUGCGGGCAGAUGUUCUCGCUGCACGAUCGCCUGGCCAAGCACAUGGCCUCGCGCCACAAGUCGCGCAAUCCCGCCAACGAUAUUGCCAAAGCGUACUCCUGCGACGUCUGCCACAGAUCCUUUGCCCGCUCCGAUAUGCUCACGCGCCACAUGCGCCUGCACACGGGCGUCAAGCCGUACACGUGCAAGGUGUGCGGCCAGGUGUUCUCCCGCUCCGAUCAUCUGUCCACCCACCAGCGCACCCACACGGGCGAGAAGCCGUACAAGUGCCCGCAGUGCCCCUAUGCGGCAUGUCGCCGGGACAUGAUUACGCGCCACAUGCGCACCCACACGCGCUACGAGUCGCGCGGCGGCGACCGGGCGGGCCGUGACAAUGGUCGUGAGAGUCGUGAGGGUCGUGGCAACAUGGAGGAGCCCUCGCAGGACUCGCCGCUGCCGCUGAUGGACAUGAAAAUGAACAUGAACAUGGGCAUGGGCAUGGGCAUGGGCCUCAAUAUGGGUGGCCAUGGCCUGUCGCCCAUGAACAUGAGUCUGCUGCAGGAGGAGCUGCUGCAAAAGUCAUCCGCACAGGCGGGGCUCAGCCUGGGUGGACCCAUGCCCAUGGUGGUGAAGACGGAGAGCGCCUAACAGCAGCGCCGGUUGUAUCUACAAUAUGCGGCAGCAUCGAGGCAGUACAUGACCUUCUAAAGUGGAGGGGCAGCAACCACACACACACACAACACACACACAAAACACACUUUUUUGAUUACCGGAAAUCUCUGCGAAGACUGAGGAAAACCUAAUUACUACCUACAGUUUAAAGAUAUAGAAUUACGAACCCUAAAACACACACACAAGAGAGGGAGAGAGAGAGAGAGAGAGAGAGAGAGGAGAGUAGAGGCAAGUGUAGACCUACCACCCACCAUCCAACGUAUUAGCGAUUAAAAACUUAGCGAUUCUACUACUACUAGUUGUUAGCGUUUUAAAACUAUGAUUCUAGUUCUAGUUCUUAGCGCGUAGCAUGUGGCAGAGAGGGAGAGAGAGAGAGAGAGAGAGAGCGAAAGAGUGUGGCAUCUUCGUGCGGAUACAGCUAGCAAAUUCCAUGUUCCACAACAACAACAAAAAAACAUAGGCUUAAGCUCCACUUUGGUGGAUUUCUCCAGCAUUUUCUUGUAGGGAAACAUUUUUGAAAUUAUUAAGCAACGAAAUGACUACGAAAAUCACUCGCUAAA